AUGUUAUUGACUGAGACAGCUUUGUUUGGGACAACAUUGACUGGGAAAGCAUUGACUGGGACAGCUUUCGUUGAGACAGCAUUGACUGGGACAGCUUUGUUUGAGACAGCAGUAGCUGGGACAGAUUUGUUUGAGACAGCAUUGACUGGGACAGCUUUGUUUGAGACAGUUUUGUUUGAGACAGAAGUAGCUGGGACAGCUUUGUUUGAGACAGCAGUAGCUGGGACAGAUUUGUUUGAGACAGCAUUGACUGGGACAGCUUUGUUUGAGACAGUUUUGUUUGAGACAGCAGUAGCUGAGACAGCUUUGUUUGAGACAGCAGUAGCUGGGACAGCUUUGUUUGAGACAGCAGUAGCUGGGACAGCUUUGUUUUGGGACAGCAUUGACUGGGACAGCUUUACAGCAGUAGCUGGGACAGAUUUGUUUGAGACAGCAUUGACUGGGACAGCUUUGUUCGGGACAGCAUUGACUGGGACAGCUUUGUUUGAGACAGCAGUAGCUGGGACAGCUUUGUUUGGGACAGCAUUGACUGGGACAACUUUGUUUGAGACAGCAGUAGCUGGGACAGAUUUGUUUGAGACAGCAUUGACUGGGACAGCUUUGUUCGGGACAGCAUUGACUGGGACAGCUUUGUUUGAGACAGCAGUAGCUGGGACAGAUUUGUUUGAGACAGUUUUGUUUGAGACAGCAGUAGCUGGGACAGCUUUGUUUGAGACAGCAGUAGCUGGGACAGAUUUGUUUGAGACAGCAGUAGCUGGGACAGCUUUGUUUGGGACAGCAUUGACUGGGACAGCUUUGUUUGAGACAGCAGUAGCUGGGACAGAUUUGUUUGAGACAGCAUUGACUGGGACAGCUUUGUUUGAGACAGUUUUGUUUGAGACAGCAGUAGCUGGGACAGCUUUGUUAGAGACAGCAGUAGCUGGGACAGCUUUGUUUAGGACAGCAUUGACUGGGACAGCUUUGUUUGAGACAGCAGUAGCUGGGAUAGCUUUGUUUGAGACAGCAGUAGCUGGGACAGAUUUGUUUGAGACAGCAGUAGCUGGGACAGAUUUGUUUGAGACAGCAGUAGCUGGGACAGCUUUGUUUGAGACAGCAGUAGCUGGGACAGAUUUGUUUGAGACAGCAUUGACUGGGACAGCUUUGUUUGAGACAGUUUUGUUUGAGACAGCAGUAGCUGGGACAGCUUUGUUUGAGACAGCAGUAGCUGGGACAGCUUUGUUUGAGACAGCAGUAGCUGGGACAGCUUUGUUUGGGACAGCAUUGACUGGGACAGCUUUGUUUGAGACAGCAGUAGCUGGGACAGAUUUGUUUGAGACAGCAUUGACUGGGACAGCUUUGUUUGAGACAGUUUUGUUUGAGACAGCAGUAGCUGGGACAGCUUUGUUUGAGACAGCAGUAGCUGGGACAGCUUUGUUUGAGACAGCAGUAGCUGGGACAGCUUUGUUUGGGACAGCAUUGACUGGGACAACUUUGUUUGAGACAGCAGUAGGUGGGACAGCUUUGUUUGAGACAGCAGUAGCUGGGACAGCUUUGUUUGAGACAGCAGUAGCUGGGACAGCUUUGUUUGAGACAGCAGUAGCUGGGACAGCUUUUUUUCAGACAGCAGUAGCUGGGACAGCUUUGUUUGGGACAGCAUUGACUGGGACAGCUUUGUUUGAGACAGCAGUAGCUGGGAUAGCUUUGUUUGAGACAGCAGUAGCUGGGACAGCUUUGUUUGGGACAGCAUUGACUGGGACAGCUUUGUUUGAGACAGCAGUAGCUGGGAUAGCUUUGUUUGAGACAGCAGUAGCUGGGACAGCUUUGUUUGGGACAGCAUUGACUGGGACAGCUUUGUUUGAGACAGCAUUGAUUGGGACAGCUUUGUUUGAGACAGCAGUAGCUGGGACAGCUUUGUUUGAGACAGCAUUGACUGGGACAGCUUUGUUUGAGACAGCAUUGACUGGGACAGCCUUUCUGAGACAGCCUUUCUGA